AAACACUCCACUCAGAGGCUGCUGAGUGGGAGGAAGCAGAGUUGGGAUCUCGGCGGUGUGAAAGUCGCUCCGGCAGCGGUGCUGAACGAGGUCCGGCGGUUCUGAGGCGGGUCUGAGGCGGUUCGGAACCGCGCAGCGGGCUGGAAUGAGCCACAGCAGCGGGCAGCGCCAGCAGCGUCCCCUCCCCGAGCCGCCUGGAAGUUUACAGUCGGGUUCAAACUUUCGGCCGGGCUGCUCGCUCUGAGCUCCGCGGUUCGGUGCAGCUGGCCUGGUUGGUUCCGCUCAGGUUCCUGCCUCGUUCCGGAGGAACCAGGUGACCCGCCGCAGGGGGCGUCCGGGAUUUCUCCCCGGGGAGCGGCGCAGGGAACGCGGCGCAGGGCUACCUGUGCGCACACGGCGACUCUACGCGCACUUUGGCGCUGCCUCUCCGACUCUUUUUCUGCGCGCCUCGGCUUUUCCUCCCAAGAACUGAACCGGGAACCACCAGGAGGGCCAUGGAGGCACCGGCAGGGGAUAAAACCCGGCGGAGGGACCGCGGGAUAAACUCCAGGGUAACCCGGAGAGGAACGACCCCGCUGGAAGUGCUCUACGGCGCGGGACUCCUCUGCCUCCAAGUUCUGUCCAUUCAGGCCAUCUCCAUCCAGUUCACCAAGGAGCCCAAGUCCCAGGAUGCUUUGCACGGCCGCAGCGCCAUGCUGCGCUGCGAAGUCGGCAACCCGGCCAACAUCACGUACGAGUGGUAUAAAGACGACCAACGCCUGGAGAACACGGAGAGGCGCUUCCAGGAAGGGAGCAACCUGAAGUUCAUCUCGGUGGAUCGGCAGCUGGACGCCGGGAGCUUUUACUGCAAGGCGCUAAAUUACGGCACAGGAGAGAUGCUGACGUCCACUGAAGCCUCCUUCAAUAUUAAAUGGCUGGAGAGUGGCAAUGUGACUUUGAAGGAGCCGGUUCCUGAAGGGGAAAUCGAGAGCUCCGCCACGGUGGCGCUGCGCUGUCACAUCGAUGGACACCCGCGGCCGACCUGCCAGUGGUUCAAAGACGGGGUGAAGCUGACGGAGAGCAGCCACCAGAUCAACAACAAGGAGAGGACUCUCUCCAUCCAGAACGUCACUCCGGACGACAACGGCCUGUACUACUGCUGCGCCAAAAACGCCGCCGGGCACGUCUGCAGCAGCAGCAACUACACGCUCACCGUCAUAGACAAGAGCGUCCCGAGGCCGGUGGUCACGCCUGAGGACCAGGUGGUGCUGAGGAACGAAGAAGCCAUGUUCCACUGUCAGUUCACGGCGGAGCCCGAACCCACGAUGGAGUGGUACCACGAGAAGGAGCCGCUCACUAACAAGUCUCGGGUGUUCCUGCUGCACAACGGGAGUCUGCUGAUCACACAAGUCAAGCCCAGGAACACGGGAAACUACAAGUGUGUCGGCCGAGGCGUCAGAGGAUCCGAGGUCACACUGGAGGCAUCCCUCCUAAUAGCUGAGAUCGGAGACAUGAUGCCAAAGAUGUCGAGGGUGUUCACCGCCGACACGGUGCAGCGGGUGACCUGCCACCCCCCACACGGGCGGCCCGACCCCGAGGUGUGGUGGGAGAGGGGAGGUGAGAUGGUGCCCAAGGAGGGCCGGGUGUACCAGGAGGACCAGGAUCUGGUCUUCAGCCCCACGGAGGAGGGAGACUCCGGCGCCUACACCUGCGUGGCCCAAAACAAGGCCGGGCGCAGGCACCAGGAGGUCACCUUCACCGUUGCAACUGCACCGGUGUGGGUGUCCAAACCCCAGAACAGCAGUUUAGAAGAAGGUAAACCAGGUUACCUCCACUGCCAGGCUCAGGCCAACCCUCAGCCACAAGUCUCCUGGUUCCGCAACGGCGUUUUGAUCACGCCCGAGGAAUUUCGUUUCAAGCUGUUUCCUAAUGGCACCCUGAGGAUCAACAACGUGGAGGUGUACGACGCUCACAUAUACAGCUGUGACACCAGGGCCGUGGGCGGCCGACUGUUUGGCCAGGCCAAAGUCACCGUGCUCGAGAGGCUGAAAUUCACACCCACCCCCCAGCCAUCCCAGUGCCUUGAGCUGGAUAAGGAGAUCACCAUCCAGUGCUCCGCCAAGGGCCGAGAGCCCCCCACAAUCCGCUGGACCAAAGCAGACGGAGGAGAGCUACCGCCGCAUGUGAAUCAGUGGAACGGCUAUCUACACUUCACCAAAGUCACUCGCAGCGACGCUGGCAACUACACCUGCAUCGCCUCCAACAGCCUGCAGGGGGAGAUCAGAGCCCUGGUGACCCUCACUGUGGCCGUGUAUAUUCGCUUUAAGGUGGAGCCAGAAAACACAACUGUGUACCAGGGACAGACUGCCGUCCUGCACUGCCAGGCCAGCGGUGACCCCAAGCCUCACAUCCACUGGAUGGUGAAAGGCAAGAACCUGGACCUCACCAACGACAACCGAAUCCAGAAGAUGCUGAACGGCUCGCUGAUAAUCAGAGAGGUCACAACAGAAGACACGGGUCGGUACACAUGUGUGGCCGGGAACAGCUGCAGCAUCAAAGACCGUGUGGCUCAGCUCUAUGUCGUGGAAAAACCUCCGAACCACAGUGGCAGUGAAGACGACAGGGCUCCCUAUAAGAUGAUCCAGACCAUCGGGCUGUCUGUGGGGGCGGCGGUGGCCUACAUCAUUGUGGUGCUGGGACUCAUGUUCUACUGCAAAAAGAGACGCCACGCCAAGAGACUGCAGAAGGGCCCGGAUGGAGAGGAACCGGAGAUGGAGUAUCUUAAUGGAGGGGCCGUUCAGCAAAAUGGCCACACCACGGCUGAGAUCCAGGAGGAAGUGGCGCUCACCAACAUGGGUACGAUCGCUGCGACAGAGAAGCGGCACAGCCACGGCAGCGAUAAGCUCCACUUUCCCCGUGCAAACCUGCAAACCAUCACGACACUAGGUAAGGGGGAGUUCGGCGAGGUCCUGCUGUCCAAAGCAAAGGGGAUCGAAGGCAGCGAAACCGAGACCGUGGUCCUGGUGAAGUCUCUGCAGUCCAGAGACGAGCAGCUGCAGAGCGACUUCCGCCGCGAAGCUGAGAUGUUUGCCAAGCUGAGCCACCCCAACGUGGUGCGUCUGCUGGGCCUCUGCAAAGAGGCGGAGCCGCACUACAUGGUCCUGGAGUACUACGACCUGGGAGAUCUUAAACAGUUCCUGAAGAUUUCCAAAAGCAAAGACGACAAGGUGAAGUCUCAGCCAAUCAGCACCAAGACAAAGGUCUCCAUCUGUGCCCAGGUGGCUCGCGGCAUGGAGCAUCUGUCCAACCACCGCUUUGUUCACAAAGACCUUGCAGCCAGAAACUGUCUGAUCAACAGUCAGCGGCGGAUCAAGGUGUCUUCGCUCAGCCUCAGCAAAGACGUCUACAACAGCGAGUACUACCACUACAGACAGGCGUGGAUCCCGCUGCGCUGGCUGCCGACCGAGUCCGUGUUCGAGGACGACUACUCCACCAAGUCGGACGUGUGGGCCUUCGGCGUGUUGAUGUGGGAGGUGUUCAGCCUGGGGGAAAUGCCGCACGGCAAGCUGAGCGACGACGAGGUCCUGGAAGGUCUAAAGACGUUGAAGCUGAAGCUUCCCGCCCCGGAGGGAUGCCCCUCCAAAAUGUACAAGCUCAUGGCCCGCUGCUGGGCGCCCAGCCUCAAAGAGCGCCCCUCCUUCACCGACAUCGUCCACGCCCUGGGAGAGCCGCCCUCCGACAGCAAAGUCUGAGAGGAGGGGUCCACAAGCGGGAGGAGCGGACCAGAACUUUUAAUCCUUUUCUCCCCCUCCGUGAAGCACAAAUGCUGGAUUACUAGUCUCACUCGUUUCAGGGAGGACGGUUGGAGAGCGAUCACUUCUUUUUUCAUUUCAGUUCAGGGUGGAAACUAGACUUCUUGCUGGACCAGUGGACGACACGCUGACGGAGGAGUUCAGCCCCAUCUGCAGCAUAAACCAGCCUCCGAGCGGUCCGGUGUGUCUGCAGCAACUCAGGACCUCAGUGCCUCUACCCCACAUUUACACGCUCACCUUGGCUGCCCCCCUGUGGCGAGGAGGGGAACAGCGCUUUGCCCUGAUCGGUGGGGAUUUGUCUGGAGUGAGAUCUGGCUUUAGCAGUUUCAAAUCUCCCGUCUUUAAAGGGUUCCUACACACGCAGGGAAAGUCUGGAGUCGGGUUUCAGCGUUUUCCAGGUCUGGAGGAAUUUAGGAGAAGAAAAUAUGGGUAUGGGAAAAAUGUUGUUGUUUCCAGGCUUCGUUCCCUGUUACUUUGUCUAAAGGCAUCUUUACCUCUGUCCUUCUUUCUUUCCUUCCCUUUUAUUUCUACCUUUCUACCUUCCUCCUUCCCAUGUCCUCACUUCUGUCCUUCCUUCCUUGUCCCCUACCUCAACUAUUUCCUUGUUUCCUUCCUACUUUACUUCAUUGAGACCUUAUUUACUUUUUCUUCCUUUCUUCCCUAAAGGUCUUUCUUUCCUUGUGCCCUACCUUGCUUGUCUUCCUUCAUUCUUCUUUCUUCUUUCCCUGCGUCCUUUGUUCCUCCCUUCCCUCCUCAUUUCCUUUCUAAAUUUCUUCCUUUGUUCCUCUUCUUACCUUCCUUGCCUUUGCUUUUUCACUUGCCUCCUUCCCUCCUAGUAUCCUUCCUUCCCACCUUACGUCUUUCCUUUUUUCCUUGUCCUUACCUCCUGUUUUUGUCCUUCCUUCCUUACAGUUUCAGCUCUACUGUAUAAAUAUCUCCCAUUAAUUCAUGAUGAUCGUUUGUUUUUCACGUUUUAAAAUGAACACAAAGGACUUAAGAGGGUCGAGUCUGGAAAUGUUUUACACAAACAACAUGUAGGAACUCUUGUCUUAAAUGUUAAAUCGCUUUCUUUUACCCUGCGAGCGGAUGCGCGCUUACGCCCGAACUCUUUCUCACUCAAAAGAUGCGCAGAUAAAAGAAGAGGCCUAACAAGGUUUGCAUGAAGGUUCCCAGACUGUUACGCUUCCGAUUUAAAGCAUAAUCCGGCUACACUUCAGUGAACAACCAGAGAAGAUCAUGUUUUCAAGCCAAGGAUUUAUAUUAAAAGGAUGAGUGUGUGUUGAUUUUUGUCAUCUUCGAGGUGCUUAUUUGUCACUGUUGCAGGGAUUAAACCCAUCACCGUGUAAAAUGUGCAACGUAACAUCCACAGAGGUCCAGUGAUUUUUCUUUUUUUUAAUUAUUAUUAGAGUGGACCAUCACACCAGACAACGUGUACAUAAAGUAGAAGCCAUGCACUAACUUCACUUAAGAGAAUACCAUGUUUCUUUGUGUAGAAGGAUGCACAGGUACCUGUUUAUUUAUGAUGAAGGUCCUGUUUUCUUUUGUUUUUAACUGUUUGUAAUUGGUACUUAAGGAUUCCUGUUACUUUUUUUUUUAUUUUUAUAUACACAGUCCAUUUCGGUGUCUGCGUCCUAACUGAAUAUGCUGACAGUGCAAAGGGGGUCAAAAACUGUGACUGCAGGUCACCUGGACUCAUCUAAGUGCCUAGUAAAUGAAGGAUUUUCCUAACAAUCGCCCCUUUUUUUACAUUAUCUAAUCAAAUGCAAAGGCCUUUGUUUUUUUACCUUGUUUUUUAUGUUGUUUUUAUUGUAAUUUUUUGUUUUUUAUGAAUGCUAGGCACUCAAACCUAGACAUCUUGGGUUUUUUUGUUUCUAUUUUUUUUUUACUCUGCUUGAGCAAAUGUUAACCGUAAUCAGAUAUAUUCAAAAGUAUACAUGCUGCUGUCAAUAAAGGUGCACAGUGUUUUUA